AUGCAGACAGUGGCGCGUUCUCUUAAGACAUGGAAGACGCCCCAAAUCAUUGGCAUCGUAGACUGGAAGCUUGGCGCACUGUGCUGGGUUCUGCGCAUAUGCGUGGUCUUCUACGUGAUCUACAGGCUCUUGAGCGACGUGAACGGUAUGAGAAACGUAGAGAUCCCGUCUGGGUAUCCCACCUUCUGGUUCGAGUCAGGGGGACUGCGGGCGGAGCAGAACUUCACCACUGCGCCCCAGUAUUGUAGUAACUCCGAUUACGAUUACCACUAUCAGGAAGGCGGUCCCGCGAAGUACUGGAACGACUUGGACAUCGGCUGCAUCAACGUUAACUAUGGCGAUAUAGUCCAGGUCUCCAUGUCAUCUGCGUUUGCCAUAAGCUACAUGAAGACGUUGCACACGAAGAGCUUUCCCUGUGACCCCUCGAGCGCUGGUUCGCCCUGCAGCAUGGUUUCUGUAUCCGGUAGCCGUACGGCUGAAGACGGGUGGAUCUACGAUGCGCACGGAGGAAAUGCGACGUGCACUUGUAGCAAGCAGCAGGACAACUUCGUCGUAGGCUUGGAAGAGAUGGAGUUGCACGUGCAGCACGCCUUCAUGGGCACAGACAUCAGCGGCAAGUCCAUCGCCACGAGCAGCAGCGAAGACGUGAGGACGAUCCAGACAUGCUUGAGAGAUCCCGCGGAGAAGGACACGGCAGAGUGCAACGAUCCCAACUACGGCGUGCCAGAAGAACACCUGGGCAAGUGUUGCUGGAAAACGGGGGCAUGCCUGGCCUAA